AUGAAUCAGAUAUGUCUUGCUAUGUUAUAUAUUUGUGAUUUCCGGCACCAUAGCAAACCAGUUGAGCGGGUAGGUCGCCUGGCCACUGUCAUGGAGCAAGCCACCCUGGACCAGUGCGCACAUCAUUGCGAACCGGGGUCCCCCACGCCCACGCACGAAGAAAUUGCAGAAGCGUGCGCCCUCAAGAUGGUAAAGCUGCUGGCAGUUGCGCUGCGCCAUAUUGAGGCUGCGAACUCACCCCCAGCAAAGCACCUGGCGAAGCAAGUGCUUCGAAGCGACGGCUCUCUGCAUGAGCUCGGGGCGCAGCUGCUGCUUGGCGUUGGAUAUUUCAAUCGGCUGUGCAUCCUGUGGCGCGAGGAACACGUCCUAGGAUCCACAGGGCGCUGCCAGCAGUUUCUUGCAACGGCAGCGGCGGUGACAGUGAUGAGCGAGCUCGACGGAGGGCCCACAUAUGGUCUGCCGCAGCAUGUGGCGGCGGGGGUGAUCAAGGCCCUUCAUUCUUGCAGUCACAAGGAGAUCCUCCUGACCUGGCUCGGCACUUACAUGCCUCGUUCCGGCCAGAUGCCCAGGUUCGUCAUCAGUAGGCCAGUGUUAUACAAGUUGUACAUGAGAGCCAGCUGCGUCGGCAUUGAUAAUGCCCAGCGUGCCACCAAGAAACAUCCACCAGCAGGCGCUAGCGGCGGCGGCGGCGGCGGCGGCAGUGCGGAUAUUUCAGCCGGCGGCCCCUCGGGCGACGAUGGCGCGGCAAGUAGCGGAGAAAGAGAGCCGUCGGCGGUUCAAGAGAGAGCCGGAUGGUGCGAGGUUGCGCUGGUCGCCCUGACAGCAGCGAACAGCAGCAGGCGGUCCCCCCGUUACCGCGGCCGAAGCGCUCAAGGCGAGUGGUUUACCAGCGGCUCUACGUCGCGACCGCUUGGCUGGUGGCAUCAGGUGGUGAGGGCCCUGCAGUUGGCGGCCCUGGCGGCUCCAGGGCGGCCCCGGCGUGACGACGGCAUGGUUAUGGCCUCUGUCAGCCUGGUGAAGUGUGUGAUACUGGAGGAGGAGGAGGAAGUGGUGGCGGAGCUGCCCGUCCCACUGCCCGCCACCCCGCCACCCGACCUGGCUACCGGCCUCUCUGCUGGCUUCGUGCCGUCCCUCGAGCACCUCCUGCGCCAACUCUUCGAACAAAUAUCCCAAGACGGCGACUCCUUACCGGACAUCUUCUCACACGAAGUGGACCUGCUUGCCUGCCUGCUGUCCUGGCCUUGGUUGGGCUGUCUGAUGGCUUACGGCGAUCAACGCCAGGUCGCGGCACUGAUCGCCACAUUGAGUGAAGCCAUGUGGGAAUCUUGUGUGGAUGAGAUCCAUCAGCACUGUGCGCUCACCGGCGGCUGGCAGGGGAUCACGGGCGGCGGCAACAGCAGCAGCAGCAGUAGCAGCUCCUCCGGCGGGCCCAUACGGAGAUCCCUGGACGUGAUACAGAAGGGACUGAUGCUUACAAGCUGUGAGGCCCCAAUGCGCGUCGUACUGGGGAAUGGUGUGGGCAUCCGCUGCUGUCGCGAAACGAAACCGUUACAAGUCUUCGCUUCGCUUUUUGGAGAAGGAGGCCUGCGGCCCGACGCGCAGCUAAUGGCCAUGGUGCGCAGUGUCCAUGCCGGCACGGCGGCCGCGGUAUUACCGCUGCCACCAUCGCCGUCGUUCAACAAACCCCCGCUACCGCCAUCCCUAUCAUCGCCACCAUCGUCCGGGCUGCGGCUAGAAGAGGCUCCUCCACUGCCAUCGCUCGGGGUGGUGCGGGCGGUGCUGCGCACCUGCGACUUUAACAAUAGCUGUUGCAACCUAUCCGGGGCCGGUGAGGCUGACCUGGAGCUCCAGGAGUUUGAGCUCGCUGCACGGGCCGGGUUGCAAAGCGGUUGCAAGACCUGA